CCAGUAACCCUGGUGGCUUUCUAUGAACCAGUUUUGAGACAUACUGGUGAGUAAAAAAGAGGUACAGUUAAGACAGGGUAGUUAAAACAAGGUAGAUUGCCAACAUAUUCUGAGUUUGCUGUCAGAUGGGAAAUACGGUACUGUUUUUGUGGGAGACUGGACUUAUUCAGCAUUCUUGGGGGGGUUGUGGAUGAGGAUCCCCUUGUAACCUUUAACAGCAUUUACUCUUAACCCGUUUUUUCUUUUUUAUCACAUUUUUCCUUAAGCAUGUUUUAACAGCAGAGUAGUUCCUACAGUGGGAAGCGUAAUGUUAGAACAAGUUUCUUCCAAGAGAAACUGAGCAGUCAGCAUAGUGCAUGUCUGAAUCUCAUAGCCCCGCUCCACUCCCAGGUGUUUGUAUCAUUUAAGGCAAGGACACAUCUGUGUGGCUCUUACUCCGUCAGGAAAAAGGCGUGCUGUGAAGGGAAGGGGACACGAGGGGUCUUUAAUGCUACAGGAAUGAACAUGCCAGCUCACACACCAUAUGUAGAAAGGUGUUCCCUCACGCAGUAAAGCUGACACACUCUCACCACAGUGGCCACGCCGCCAUCAGUUCAGAAGCACCUUCUGUAGAGGAAGAAAGGCCCAUGCUCCUCGUACUCAAAGCGGUGAACCCACAGUGGUUGGAAACCCUGGAGCGAGGCUAGGAUAGAGCCACCAGUCCACACUGCGGUGUCUCUCUCAGGCAGAACAUUGACCUGUGGGGUAUCAUUGGGGCACAUGCUGCUCAGUUCCUUCUGCAGGCGGUUAGGGAAGCCCCUGAGCAUAGUGCUGCCCCCACAGAGCAGGAUGUUCCCCAUGAGGUCUCGCUUGAGUGCGAUGUCACAUUUGUUAAGGCAGGACACCGUCUGGGUGUGGAGGCCCAGCUGCAUGGAUUUGAUUAGCGACGGCUUGAAGAACAUCUCCGAGCAGAGGAACCUCUCCUGGCCCAGACGGAUCUCUUUCCCAUCAGGCAGAGUAUAUUGGAUCUCAUGUUCACUGGGAGGGAUUUUCUUCUCUUCGAUGGGGUCCAGGGCCACGAAGCAGCAUCUUGUCUUGAUGUCCUCCACAAUACUGGUGUGGUCCUCUGUGAAGUGUUUUCCAGAGUUGUUCAUCAAGCUCAUCAGGUAGGCCGUCAGGUCAGAUCCUGCAUAGUCUAGCCGCCCCGUGAUACUAGGCAAAGGAUAACCCUCAUAGAUGGGUACCACAUAGGACACGCCGUGGCCCACCUCCACCACCAGCCCGGACGUGCGUCCGUACGAGUACAUGGACAGGCGGGACUGGUAGGCAAUGUGCAUCGCAGGUGUGUUGAAGGUCUCAAACAACAUCUCAGCAUACUUCUCUCUGUUGGUGUGAGGGCUCAGGGGUGGGUCCGAGACCAGGACUGCAUGCUCCUCCGGGGCGAUCUUCAUCUCUUGUCGGAAGAGAUAUUCCCAGAUGUCCUGCACUGUGUCCCAGUCCACGAUGAUGCCAUGACGCAGGGGGUUGACCAGCUUGAGCUGUAUGUCUGGGUUAAGGAGCUCAUGCCCCACGAAGGUCUCUUUGCGAUUAUCCCCAGUCUUGGCUGUCUCCAUGUAGGGCUUGCCCACUGUUGUUGAGAUCUUGUGAGUGGGCUUUGGCAGGCCAGCAAAGCCACAUUUACAGAAGCCGGUGCCGAGAUCCACGACCACUGCUUUGGUCACCUCUAACUUGGACCUGUCCUUGGGAGCAGUUGACUUCUCAGGGUCUUCUGUCUCGGCAAUCUCUCGACGGACCCAUACUGCCCUCUUUGCUGGGCCAUCCUUUAGGGAGGCAGUCUGGAGGACCUGUGUCUGCAUGGAGCCCUGGUUGGCAGCUUUCUUGGCAGGCGGCCCAUCCCCCAUGUCUGCUGCCUCUGGAGCCCACACGCUGUCCAGAGACAUACUGCUCUCAGAAAGCUUUUGAUCCUGCUGGGUACGAGGCCUGAAAGGCUCAAAUCAGAGGACGGCUUAAGAAUCUGCCCAACAGUGACAUCACUGAUUAUGACAUAAUCCAGCGACCAGAGACUGUCUAGACACUGGAGACCUUGUUUAGGGAGCUGUGGAUGUAAGAAGGUGUGGAAGGGAGGCAGAUGGCGACAAAGAACAACCCUAGCCCAAAGCCCAUGGGCACAGCCCAGGGCGACCCUGGAGAGGCAGGAACACUGCCAGUCCCUGAGGCUGGCAUCCGGGACACAGGGUCCACUCAACUGAAGAUGAAGCCCAAGCAAAUACGCAAGAUCAAGGCGCUGGUCAUUGACCUGGGCUCCCAGUACUGUAAGUGCGGCUAUGCGGGAGAGCAGAGGCCCACCUACUUCAUCUCCUCUACGGUGGGCAAGCGCAGCGCCGAGAUGGCAGCGGACGCUGGAGACACCUUCAAGGAGACAUACGUGGGCCAUGAGCUGCUCAACAUGGAGGCAUCUCUGAAGCUGGUUAACCCACUGAAGCACGGCGUCGUGGUGGACUGGGAUUGUAUCCAGAACAUCUGGGAGUACAUCUUCCACACUGCCAUGAAGAUCCUUCCGGAAGAGCACGCGGUGCUGGUGUCCGACCCUCCGCUCAGCCCCAUCAGCAACCGGGAAAAGUAUGCGGAGCUCAUGUUUGAGACCUUCCGCAUCCCAGCCAUGCACGUGACCUCCCAGGCGCUUCUGUCCAUCUACUCAUACGGCAAGACCUCCGGGCUGGUGGUUGAGAGCGGGCAUGGUGUGUCGCAUGUGGUACCCAUCUCCGAGGGGGACCUGCUGCCGGGCCUGCCCUGCCGUGCAGACUAUGCCGGCUGCGACCUCACCAACUACCUCAUGCAGCUGCUCAAUGAAGCAGGUCACCAGUUCUCGGAUGAUCACCUGCACAUCGUCGAACACAUCAAGAAGAAGUGCUGCUAUGCCGCGCUGCUGCCAGAGGAGGAGAUGAGCCUGAGCCCCGAGGAGCUGCGCGUAGACUACGAGCUCCCGGACGGCAAGGUCAUCACCAUCGGCCAGGAGCGCUUCCGCUGCUCCGAGAUGCUCUUCAAGCCCUCCCUGGUGGGCUGCACCCAGCCGGGCCUCCCGGAGCUCACGGCUGACUGCCUGGGCCGCUGUCAGAAUACUGGCUUCAAGGAGGAGAUGGCUGCUAACGUGCUGCUGUGCGGUGGCUGUACCAUGCUGGACGGCUUCCCUGAGCGUUUCCAGAGGGAGCUGAGUCUCCUCUGCCCCGGGGACAGCCCCACGGUGGCCGCUGCUCCCGAGAGGAAGACGUCAGUGUGGACCGGCGGCUCCAUCCUGGCCUCGUUGCAGGCCUUCCAGCAGCUUUGGGUCAGCAAGGAAGAGUUUGAGGAGCGCGGCUGCGCAGCCAUCUACAGCAAAUGCUAAGGGGCGGGCCCCACCGGCAAGAGCUGGAGA